AUGGCGGAUGGUCAAAUUGGAGCCCCAGGAUUCUCUGGAGACACUGGCGAGCGAGGAUACAUUGGAUAUCCUGGUAUUACAGGAGAAAGAGGAGAUGCGGGAGAAAAGGGAGAUGAAGGCUUGGGUGGCAUCCCCGGCAUUGAUGGUGAACCAGGAGAAGAUGGUCCAAUAGGAGUACCUGGAUUUGAGGGUGAACCUGGACCAUUUGGACACAAGGGUGAGAAGGGAGACCCAGGACUUAGAGGACCUCAGGGACGACAGGGUGCGCAGGGACCUAAAGGAGACCCAGGAGAUCCAGGCUUGGUUGGAAAACCGGGGACUUUAGGGUUGAAAGGUCAACCAGGAGCCCAAGGAGAGACGGGACCAGAUGGUGACAAGGGUGAAAUAGGCAGACAAGGUGUUAAAGGAGUACACGGGGACAAGGGUGUGACGGGCUUCAGAGGAGACAAAGGAAAGCUUGGUGAACGUGGUUUUCGGGGAACAGAUGGGGUAGUUGGACGGAGGGGACCUCCUGGAAUUCCUGGCUCAAGAGGACCCACAGGUGCCUCAGGAGAUGUUGGCGAUACAGGAGCUCAAGGACCAAAGGGAGUCCAGGGACCUCCGGGUCCAGGAUUAAGUGAUGCACAGAUCUAUGAAUUGUGUCGUGGAGUUGUAACAGCCCAGAUAUCUCAGCAUGCAGCUGCAAUUCGAUCCAAGUGUGCCAGUGGCUGCCCCAUUAAUAACAUGACACUGAUUGGACCUCCAGGCAAAAGGGGACUACCUGGUCCACCAGGAAAACCAGGCAAAGGUGGACUGUCUGGUGCUAAAGGAAAACAAGGUCCAAGAGGGCCAUUAGGAGUAAAGGGGCAGAAAGGAGCAACGGGGGUACAAGGCAAACACGGCAGAAAAGGACAGAGAGGAGACCCAGGAACUGGGCUGCGGGGUCAUGAUGGACCCCAAGGACCUCGAGGAUAUCCUGGCUAUGAAGGUGUUACAAAAGAUGGCAUUCCAGGGCUGGAAGGACCUCGUGGUUACUCUGGUGCUGUAGGACAACCGGGAAUUGCUGGUCCUAUUGGAGUACCUGGAGUAUGUGAAGCUCGGGACUGCAGCAUCCACGCUCCCGCACUACGAGCUGAACAGGGCUUAGUGAAAGGACCAUUGAUUAACUGAGUUGACAGUACCCAUGGGGAACAAACUUCAAGCAAUGGCGGCACAAUUGGGAGUGGGUGCCCUCAUUCAUUCAUGACUUUUGAAAUUGCUUAAAUGCAUGAGCUUUUGGUCCAAUGUCUUAUAUGUAUUUAUACAAGUGUCCAAUUCUUAAUUUGUUUACAAAAAUAUUUUUUUUAUUGUAUAUCUGCAAAUGUUCCAUUUUUUUUUUUUUUAUAGUCGAGUUCAGAAGAUAAAAUGAAACUCAUCUCAGUCUAACGGCCAAAAUCCCUGGAGUCCAAACUAUGCCUUUGUUUCCCGAUCCAUUCUAGAAGAAACCAAUUAAUUUCUACUCUUUAAAAAGACAAGUGUCUUUGUAAGUCUAAACAUCAGAUGAAUGUCUUAGUCUUAAGUCCAUCAGCAGGAGAACAUCUCCUUUUAGAUCUACGCUGUACACAGAAUAUGUAUUCCAAAUCCAAACAAAAAAUGUGAACUUCCAAUGUCAAAUAAAUGUCUUUUUGAUUUCCAAAA